AUGUCCCACUUGCAAGAUGCCUGGGGCGUUUUGAUAUGGCUCGCAACUGGAAUGCCUAAGACCCCAGUCGAGUCCUCACGUCCCAAUACAGAUAGAUUUGACAAUAAAUGA